AUGACCACAGAUAGACAUCUUCUCAAGGAGCAUGGAGUUGACCAUGUAUAUAGAGUGAAAGAAUUGGAAGAAAGUGAAUCAUAUGAGCUUUUUAAUUGGGCUGCAUUCAACCAAGCAUGUUUGCCAGAAGGUUUUGCUGAACUUUCUAGACAGGUAGUUGCUUAUUGUGGGGGAUUGCCUCUUGCUCUUGAACUCCUUGGGUUGUAUUUGCAUGGAAGUGAAGUACUUAAGUGGAAAGGUGUGUUGAGGAGCCUCGAAAGAUUUUCCAUUCCAUCUGGACAACUAGUAGAAGCCCUAGAAAAAAGUUUUCGAUAUUUGAGUGAUGAAGAGAAACAAAUAUUCCUCGAUAUAGCAUGUUUCCUUAUCGGGAUGAACCAAAAUGAUGUACUACAAACAUUAAACAUGUCAAUGCAAUGCACAACUCUUCAAAUAAGUCUCCUUGAAGACAAGAGCUUUGUAACCAUUGAUGAGAAUAACAAGCUUCAAAUGCAUGUUAUGCAACAAGCCAUGGCAAGAGAUAUCGUUACAAGGCAAUCAAGUAAGAAGACUGAUCAGAUGAGUGGGUAUCUCCCAAGCAAUAUGGGGCUCUUUGACAGACCCCCUCACGCUAGCACUACUAGGCUUGUGAGAAGUGCUGAUAUCAAGAAUAUUGUUGAACGUGUCACCCGUUUCCUAGAUAAGACAGAGUUAUUCGUUACUGAACAUCCGGUGGGUGUAGAAUCUUGUGUGGAAGCUUCCACUAAGCUACUUAACAUCCAGAAUUCAGAAGAUGUUUUACUUCUAGGGAUAUGGGGAAUGGGGGGUAUGGGCAAGACAAACAUUGCCAAAGCCAUUUACAAUCAAAUUGGGAGCAAAUUUGAGGGAAGGAGCUUCCUUCUGAUUAUAAGGGAAUUUUGGGAGACAUGUAUUAAUCUAGUUUCUCUACAGCAACAGGUACUUUGUGAUGUCUACAAAACAACGACAUUCAAGAUACGUGACAUAGAAUCAAGGAAAAAUAUACUGAAGGAAAGACUUGCCCAGAGCAAGGUACUUCUUGUGCUUGAUGAUGUGAAUGAAUUGGAUCAGCUAAAGGCUUUGUGUGGAAGCUAUGAAUGGUUUGGUCCAGGGAGUAGAGUAAUCAUCACCACAAGAGAUAUGCAUCUUCUUAGAUCGUGUAGAGUUGAUCGAGUGUAUGCAAUACAAGAAAUGGAUGAAAGUGAAUCUCUAGAGCUUUUCAGUUGGCAUGCGUUCAAGCUACCAAUUCCAGUAGAAGAUUUUGCUGCACAUUCAGAAGAUGUGAUUGUUUACUCUGGGAGAUUGCCGCCACUAGCACUUGAAGUUCUGGGGUGCUAUUUGUCUGACUGUGAAAUAACAGAGUGGCAGAAUGAUAGCGAUUUUCGCAAGUGUACGAAAUCGUUCAAGUAG